AUGGCCUUCCGAACCCUACCAGUUAACCUCCAGUUAAUAGCUCUCCUCUUGUCGCUUGCCCUCGCGGCCGAUAACACCUCCAUAAACUCUGGCCUCAUCCUCUUAAAUUGCGGAGGAUCAGGCCAAUAUGAUGAUGUAGAUAGUGGUGGUCGUAUUUGGUACGGGGACACCGGCUCCAAGUUCGCACCAUCGGUGGAAGGAGUUGGAGCCAGUGCCAGUGCUUCAUACCAAGAUCCUUCCCUCCCAUCCAUGAUCCCUUAUAUGACUGCACGCAUCUUCUCUUCAAAUUACACAUAUUCCUUCCCUGUUAGUCAAGGUCGCUUGUUCUUACGCCUCUACUUCUAUCCGGUUGCUUAUGGAAACUAUGCCGUCUCCGAUGCCUUUUUUGGUGUCACUACAGAAAAUCUUGUCCUCUUAAAUGGCUUCAAUGCUUCACAAACAGCCCAGGCAAACAAUUAUGCCUACCUUGUCCGUGAGUUCUCGAUGAAUGUAUCUUCACGCAGAUUGGACCUCACAUUUUCCCCAUCAACAUUUUUGAAUGGUUCAUAUGCAUUUAUCAAUGGCAUUGAGAUUGUGCCCACACCUAACAUCUUCACAACAGCCGACACAACAUUUGUCUACGGUGAUUACAUAGCUCCAUUCUCAUUCGCCGCUGACAAAGGCUUCCAGACCAUGUACCAGCUCAAUGUUGGGGGCCAAGCCAUUUCCCCGAAAGAUGACACGGGCUUUUACCGCUCAUGGGACGUUGAUUCCCCGUACAUAUAUGGUGCCGGCUAUGGGGUGACCCACUCCAAAGAUCCUAGUGUGACUAUCAUGUAUACACCCACAGUGCCGAAUUACACAGCGCCAGUUGAUGUCUAUGGUACAGCUCGGUCGAUGGGGCCAGUUCAACAGUUCAACCUCAACUACAACCUUACAUGGAUUUUGCCGGUUGAUGCUGGGUUCACCUACCUCCUAAGGUUCCAUUUCUGUGAGAUUCAGUCAACUUUUACCAAGGUCAAUCAGAGGUCGUUCUACAUCUACAUCAACAACCAGACAGCGCAGGAGGAUAUGGAUGUAAUCUUGUUGAGCGGAGGAACAGGUACAACAGCAUAUAGGGAAUAUUUUAUCAUGGCUAGUGGUUUUGGUCAAGUGGACAUGUGGAUUGCACUUUCCCCUGAUAUUUCAACUAAUCCACAAUAUUAUGAUGCAAUACUGAAUGGCCUUGAGGUCUUCAAGCUACAAGAUUCCAGCCGAAAUCUUGCUGGGCUCAAUCCUCCUACUCUACAAAAUCCUGACAUUGAUCCUAAUAGGCUAUCUAGCGGUACAAGAAAAUCCAAAGGCGACAUACCAGCAAGAGCAACCAUCAUCGGUGGUGGUGUUGCUGUGCUUUUGAUUACCUUUUUUAGCACAUGUGUUAUCUACAGAUGGAAUAAGGUAGCGAAGAGUUGUCACAAGACCGACUGUGGACCAAAUGGACGCCUGAAGAGUCGUCACUUCUCAUUAGCAGAAAUUCAACUUGCCACCAAUAAUUUUGAUCAAGCACUGAUCAUCGGCAGAGGCGGUUUCGGGAAUGUCUACAGCGGCGAGAUAGAUGGAGGGAUAAAGGUGGCGAUCAAGCGACUCAAGCAGGGAUCCCAGCAAGGCUUUCAUGAGUUCCACACUGAAAUUGGGAUGUUGUGCAAUUUCCGCCAUGGUCACCUUGUAUCUUUGAUUGGCUACUGCAAGGACAAGAAUGAGAUGAUUUUGGUGUAUGACUACAUGCCUCACGGAACACUACGUGAUCAUCUCUACGGAACCAGAAACCCAUCACUGUCGUGGAAGCAGCGCCUUAAUAUUUGCAUCGGUGCAGCCCGAGGGCUGCAUUACCUCCACACUGGCACAGAGCAAGGAAUCAUCCACCGUGACGUUAAGACGACCAACAUCCUACUGGAUGAUAGGUUAAUGGCCAAGGUUUCUGAUUUUGGUCUAUCUAAGGCAUGUACAGAUAGUGACAAGGCGCAUGUGAGCACCGCAGUAAAAGGGUCCUUUGGAUAUUUUGAUCCGGAGUACUUCUUGCUGCGGCGUCUCACCAAAAAAUCAGAUGUGUACUCCUUCGGGGUUGUGUUGUUUGAGAUCCUGUGUGCGCGCCCUGUGAUAAACACCGAGCUCCCGGACGAGCAAGUGAGCUUGCGUGACUGGGCGCUAUCUUGCCAGGACACAGGUGUACUCAAGCAGAUUGUUGACCCCUGCAUUAAGGAGGAAAUCACCCCUGAGUGCUUCAGGAUAUUUUCAGAGCUAGCGGUGAAAUGUGUUUCUGAUCGUAGCAUAGAUAGGCCAUCAAUGGGUGAUGUGCUUCAGAAUCUUGAGGCCGCACUGAGGCUGCAGGACAAUAGAAGCUGUGCCGGGGAUCCAUCAUCUCUUCAGGUCAUCGGUCUAGUGCAUUCAGACAAAGCAUCGACACACUCAGUACUUAGCGUCGCUGCACAGGAAGAGAUAUUCUCAGAUAUUAUACAUCUGGAAGGCCGGUAA